CUGGCCAUUGAUCUCGCGAGAAGUGCCAUAGCGGACAGAGAUGGCGGCGGCGGGAGCCGGAGCCGGGGCCGGCGCGGGGCCGCCAGCGACAGCGGCGGCACCAGAAGAGGGAGAGGCGCCACCGGCAGCAGCGAUUGUUGCCGCCCCAACUGGAGAGGGCACGUCGGCAGCACCUGCCGCGGAUCCAAACUCCGGAGAGGCCGAAAGCGGGGAUUCUACUUUGGUUGAUGUCACUGCUGGUUUGGAGACUGAAUCCUCAAAUGGAAAAGAUACUCUAGAAGGAGCUGGGGACAGUUCAGAAGUCAUGGACACUCAGACUGGUUCUGUGGAUGAAGAAAAUGGUCGACAGUUGGGAGAAGUGGAACUGCAGUGUGGGAUAUGUACAAAGUGGUUCACAGCAGACACCUUUGGCAUUGAUACCACGUCCUGCUUACCUUUUAUGACAAACUACAGUUUUCAUUGCAAUGUGUGUCAUCAUAGUGGGAACACCUACUUUCUCCGAAAGCAAGCAAACUUGAAAGAAAUGUGCCUCAGUGCUUUGGCCAAUCUGACAUGGCAGUCCCGAACCCAAGAUGAACAUCCUAAAACCAUGUUCUCCAAAGACAAGGAUAUUAUACCAUUCAUUGAUAAGUAUUGGGAGUGCAUGACCACUAGACAGAGACCUGGGAAAAUGACUUGGCCCAAUAACAUAGUGAAAACAAUGAGUAGAGAAAGGGAUGUAUUUUUGGUGAAGGAACAUCCAGACCCUGGAAGUAAAGACCCGGAAGAAGAUUACCCCAAAUUUGGGCUUUUGGAUCAGGAUCUUGGUAAUAUUGGCCCAGCUUAUGACAACCAGAAGCAAAGCAGUACGGUAUCUACUAGCGGAAAUUUAAAUGGUGGAGCCUCUUUUGGAGGGGGAAUUGCAGCAGGAAGCAGUGGAAAAGGAAGAGGAGCCAAGCGCAAACAGCAGGAUGGAGGGACCACAGGAACAACCAAAAAGGCUCGAAGUGACCCCUUGUUUUCUGCUCAACGCCUUCCCCCUCAUGGCUAUCCACUGGAACACCCAUUUAACAAAGAUGGCUAUCGAUACAUUCUCGCAGAACCGGACCCUCAUGCCCCAGACCCUGAGAAAUUGGAACUGGACUGUUGGGCUGGGAAGCCUAUUCCAGGAGACCUCUACAGAGCCUGUCUCUAUGAACGGGUUUUGUUAGCACUUCACGAUCGAGCUCCUCAGCUAAAGAUCUCAGAUGACCGACUGACUGUGAUUGGAGAGAAGGGCUACUCCAUGGUUCGAGCCUCACAUGGAGUUCGGAAAGGUGCCUGGUACUUUGAGAUCUCGGUGGAUGAGAUGCCUCCAGAUACAGCUGCCAGACUGGGCUGGUCCCAGCCACUUGGCAACCUCCAAGCUCCUUUAGGCUAUGACAAAUUUAGUUAUUCAUGGCGGAGCAAGAAGGGGACCAAGUUUCAUCAGUCUAUUGGCAAGCGCUAUUCCUCUGGCUAUGGUCAGGGUGACAUACUGGGGUUUUAUAUCAAUCUUCCUGAGGAGACAGAAACCGCCAAGUCUUUGCCCGACACCUAUAAAGAUAAGGCUUUGAUAAAGUUCAAGAGUUACUUAUAUUUUGAGGAAAAGGAUUUUGUGGAUAAAGCUGAGAAGAGCCUCAAGCAGACUCCCCAUAGUCAAAUAAUAUUCUACAAAAAUGGUGUCAGCCAAGGAGUGGCCUACAAAGAAAUUUUUGAAGGGGUCUACUUUCCUGCCAUCUCACUGUAUAAAAGCUGCACGGUUUCUAUUAACUUUGGACCCUGCUUCAAGUAUCCUCCACGAGACCUCACUUACCGCCCUAUGAGUGACAUGGGUUGGGGUGCUGUGGUGGAGCACACAUUAGCCGAUGUCUUAUACCACGUGGAAACAGAAGUGGAUGGGAGACGGAGUCCUCCUUGGGAGCCGUAAUUACGUCUCCCUCUUCCUGUUAGUCAUAACUUUUUUUGUGGAACGAAACUGGGUGUGUUAUAUCCUUUUAUUUUUUUUAACAGUUUCAGAUGCCCUCACCUCUAAAGGGACUAUGCAGAAUACAGCAUCUCCUUUCUCAAGUUACCAGGAUAGGGUAGCAGUGGAGGGCAAGCCCUUGUCCUCUGCUAUUGUUCCUUGUUUAUGAAUGAGUGCUCUUCAGUGGUAUCCCCUGCUCUGAGAACUCCUGAGCUCUCUUCACAGUCCAGUGAGCUUCCUGUGAAAUUGGUGCUGUGCCACAUGCCCUUAGAUCUCAGGCUCCUCCUUUAGCCAUGUUUCUUCCACUGAGGGAACACUGAGGGAGUUGUCUCUUCCAAGCUGCUUUCUUGUUUAAAAACAUUUCCAUAUGUGGAUACUGACUGUCCCAUUGUUCAGAUUCAGAUUCUGUGGGAGACAGUCGGUCUAUUUCCAGAAGCAACUGACGUGGUGGUCUCUGCUGAGGAGCCUUGAGCUCCAACAACUCCAAAAACUGUUGAUUUUUUGUGUUUUUAAAAUUGUAAAUAGUUUUCUUAUACAAGGAUCUCUGAAAUGCCAAAACAGCCAGGUGCAUGAAACUGUAAUUGUGAAGGACACUCCUGCUUGUGACUUUUAAAAGAGAUAUUAACCAGUCUAAAAUAAAUCUUGAAAAUGA